AUGAUUAAUAGCAGUAUCAAAAUCCUAAUCAGAAUGGCAGCUAGUAUGUCCCUUAUGAUCAAGCUGUGCAUCAAUACUACAAUCAGCAGCCAUCAUAUCACAACUCAACUAUUAUAACUGCAAGCUAAAAAAGAGGCUGCUGGAGAGAUUCCUGUUGGUCCAAAACACGAGAGGCAAUUAUAUGUGGGCAACUUACCUCCUAAGAUUCACAAUCAUUAACUAGUAGAACUAUUGAAUCUUGCUCUUUUAGUAAUGAAAUGCAACAUCAAGCCUGGCUUGCCUGCUUUGUCUGCAUGGAUCAGCUAAGAUGGGCACUACGCAUUUGUCGAGUUUAGAACUAUCGAAGAGUGCUAAAAUGGACAUUCUCUAAACUAAAUUGCAAUCUUUGGACAUAUUAAUGGCUAGUAGUAGGGAACAUAGUAAAUAAUGAUGCUGAGUUAAGCCUACAGUAAUUCAGUUGAGAUUAGUAACAUCCCAAAGGUCUAUGAAAACGAUCAGGAUUCUCUAACAAGACUAUUAAAAAUGUUUGGCAGCUAUCUUCAGUUUCAAAUGAAAGUCUUAUCAAAUUAAAUACUCUGCUAUUGUGAAUAUGAAAAUGAAGAAUAAACUCAAAAAGCCUUGAAAGGAUUUUAAGACCUAUUGGUUAAAGAUUCAAAACUUGCUGUGAGGAGAUUAGCUAAUGGUUAGUAUUAGUAGAUGUUUGGGAUAAAUAAUCCAACACCCAAAAUAGAUCAAGAAGAAGAGUAGGAACUUCAUCAUAGUCGAAUAGUUGUAUUGAAGAAUAUGCUAGUCUUAGAAAACAUGAAAUCCAAAUAUGAAUAUGAUGAUAUAAAAGAUGAUAUUUACGAAGAGUGCGCAAAAUAUGGUCGUAUUGUUAGAGUAUUCAUUCCUAAACCUGAUCAUCUCAACUAUAAAAGAUUGCCUUUAAAUGUCUAACUAUAGAAAUAUGGAACAUAUCUUAUAAAUGAUGGUGCUGGGAAGAUAUUUAUACAAUUUUACAAAAGUGAUUCUGCUAAAAGAUGUAUAGAGGGUUUGAACAAAAGACUAUAUUAGGGUAGAGAAGUUUAUGCUUGCUUAUUCAGCGAAGAUAAAUGGGAUUAGAGAAUAUAUGAAUGA